AUGGCAGACUCGCAAAUAAUAGCCUCAAGAAUGUUGCGUUCUCAGCGCUAUAUGGUACUCUUGAUCUUCACGUUGUUCGUCACGUUUUUGAUAAUAACGUCUUCCUCAGCGCAUUCAUACAUCAAGGAAUCCAAGGUUGGCAAAUCAGUCAGCUCGUACGUUGACACAGCAAAGUCAUGGGCCAACUCAAAAUAUGCUGAUCUGAGUUUGGAAUCUGAGGAGCAAGAAGAGGCUUCUAAGCUUGCCGAGGCAGCAGCCGACGCUGAUGGAAAGGCUGAGGGGAGUGCUGGGGACGCAGAUUCGGUCACGAACUCUCCAUCACUACAACCAGAUACCACAAUUGCCCCUACUAACUAA